CAUCCUCUAAGGUCACACAAUCACCGCUUCUUGCUUCCUCCUCCUCUUCCUCCUCCUCUUCCUCCUCCUCCUCCUCCUCCUCCUCUUCCUCCUCUGGCUGGAGAAACACGCGUUUUGUCCACCGGCCUGCUCUCACACCGACAAGACAACGAAACAAAGCAAAUUUGACAAAACGUGUUGAGCAUUUGACUUUGAAUACUAGUUUAAGCUCAACACCUUUACCCAGGAAGAUGAUGUCUAAGAAGAUCCCCCAGUGCUCUGCACUGGAUCAGUCGGAGCAUGAUUCGGUGGACCAGUCUGCGAAGGCAGCACUGGGGUGUAGGAACAAGGCUGAAUCGGGUCAAAGAAAUGGAGAGACGGCGUCAUCGUCCCCAGAGAGCGGCAGCUUGAACGGAGAUGGAAAGCGCAGUGGGAAAAGCCGCCGCCGCAAGAAACGUUCAUCCAAUCCCGAGAGUCGCUCCGAGGGGAAGGUUGAAAGUAAGACCAAGCAUGAAGAGAAGCCAGACAAAAGGACCAGCCAGCCACCACCUGACCCCCCAGCUGGGCUGAUUGGCCUGCAGUCUGAGUGUGCUAAUGUGUGGUUUGAGCGCAGCACCUACGAGCGAGCCGAGAGCCUCUACCAGUGCUGGUUGGCGAGCUCCUCCAAUGGGACCACCAAGUCAAACCGGUCACCUCCAGCCCCUGGGAAACACUCAAACUCUCCAUCCACUCCAUCUUCCUCGGGACUGGUGUGCCACCAUGGCGACCAGGUGGCGUGCCGCCAUGGUGACCAGGUGGCCUGCCACCAUGUCGUCCAGGCCGUGUGGGUGAACAAGACCACCUUUGACCAAGCAGAACGCCGCUAUGUUGAAGAAUCCGUGCAGCCGCCAAUUCCAAACUCUCUGGACCUCCCAUCCCCACCAAACCGCUCCAUUGCACCUAGAACACCUGAUGAAGGGUACCAGUCUCUAACCCCGACACCCGCAACUCCUGUCGUCCAACAAGCAGCUGUCACACCAACCAAUCGGCAGUCGAUUAACGGACUGCCCCGCAUCCCGGUGGAGCUGCUUAGAGACGUGUGGCUGGAGAAGCCGCUGUAUGACCGCGCCGAAGCGGCCUUCUACCAGAAUCUGUACGGUAACAAUUCCUCCAAACGGUCCAGCUGCGCCUCCACUUCCAGAAGUAGCGACCACCCUCAAAGCCUUGUAGAAGAGGAGGAAGAAGAAGAAGAUGAGGAAGUGGCGGUGGAGGAAAGACGGGUGGUCCCGCACAGUAAAGCAGAAGUCUUCCACGCUCUGCUCCCUAUUCAGGAGGAAGAGGAGCCAGCUGAGGUCCCAGAAAAGGAAGAAGCGAUAGGGGCCGGAGUCUGCUACUUCAAUCACCCAGACAGCGAGCGGGUGUGGCUGGACAAGUGGCGGUAUGAUGCUGCAGAGAGCCGUUUCCAUGGCUACAAUAGGAGUGAAGCUGUGGUGGUGAAGAAGGGUCGGAGGCCAGAAGCACCAUCAGUUGCCUCCACCGCCCCACUGGGGGACAACACCAUGAGUUCAGUGGACUUUCUGGCCCAGGAGAAGAUCUGGUUCGACAAACCUCGCUAUGACGAGGCAGAGAGACGCUUCUACGAGCGCCCGAACGGCUCCUCACAACCAACACAGGAUGUCGGAGCUAACACCAUUCUGCAAGACAUUGCUCGGGCCCGGGAGAACAUCCAGAAAUCUCUAGCAGGACUGAAGACUACACUGUGUAACAGAGGGUCUGGCCAACCUUCCCUCAGCCAACAGUCCCAACUUAGCAGCAGCGGUGCAGCCGAUCAAGGAGAAAUAAUCUCUCGCAUCAAGAGCCUGGAGCUGGAGAACAACAGCCUACACAAAGUGGUGGAUGACUUGAGGGCUGCACUUUCCAAACUGGAAUGUCGGGUGUCAGUUCUGGAGAAAUCUCCUGCGGUUGUGACCCCUGCUACCACUCCUUCAGUGCCCUACACAAAUGGUACUACCGUCCAGCAGAAGGCCACCGCCCCAGUUAAAGACGAGGAGGAAGAGGACGAUGAUGAUAUUGACCUGUUUGGUAGUGAUGAUGAUGAUGAUGAAGAGGCCGAGAAACUCAAAGAGCAGAGGUUAAAAGAGUACGCAGCGAAGAAAGCCAAGAAGCCCGGCCUCAUCGCCAAGUCUUCCAUCUUAUUGGAUGUCAAACCUUGGGACGAUGAAACUGACAUGGCAAAGCUGGAGGAGUGUGUGCGUUCGGUGCAGGCUGACGGCCUGUUAUGGGGGACGUCUAAACUGGUUGCUGUUGGUUAUGGCAUCAAGAAGCUCCAGAUCGCAUGUGUGGUGGAGGACGACAAGGUGGGAACAGACCUGUUGGAGGAAGAAAUCACCAAGUUUGAAGACUAUAUCCAGAGUGUGGACGUAGCAGCUUUCAACAAGAUCUGAUUCCAGUGUCUCUCUUUCUGUCUAUCUUCCUGCCUUGUUUCUCUGCUGAUUGUGUCAACGGUUAAUAAUAAUAAAAACAAACUCUUGCACUUAA